UCAGUGUCGAGCCGAACAGCGUGUUGGGAGGGUGUCUGCAUGCUUCCUCCGAGACCCCGGGACCCUUAGUUUUGUGCCCAGGAUGUACCAUGACCCCCGCUGACCUGAUACCCGGCGCAUACAAGUUUCGGAUAUUUGCCGGCGAACAGAAGCGUCCUGUUUUGCCGGUCUACCGAUUUAAAGGCGCGGGGCGGGCGAGUCCACAACGAAUACACCAACACCACCACCACCACCACCAAGAGCAACAACAGCAGCAGCAGCAGAGAAAUCUGAAGCACUAAGAAGCCGAGGAGUAACGGCGAGGGACCAGCCGGGGCGAGGUUGUCAGGAGGUGGAGCAGGAGCAGGAGCAGGAGGUGGUGGAUGUGGAGGAGGAGGAGUAGGAGGGUGGUGUGAUGUUGUCCCUCACCCCUUUAUCUGCCUGCAGCCCGCCUCCCCACACCCGCCUCGCCGCCACACUCCUGCUGACCACUUUCCUCUAUGCAGGCGUGGGCGGGGAAUGCGCGGGCUUGCAGGCGUGCCUUGACCCCUACGAGCAGAGGUACGUGAAGCCGGAAGCCACCCCAGCCUUCUGCUCCCUGGCGGCGCAAACGUCGGACUGCAUGAAGUCACUCGCCAGCUCCUGCCGCAGCGUCUUCUCUUACGAGACGCGGCGCGGCAUGCUGGAGAAAUUCAUCAACACUUAUGACUGUGCCACCAUCCUCGCGAACCAUCGCCCAUCGCCCACCACGCCCCAGGACGCCACCCCUACCACCGUGGAAAAGUGCCAAUACAGGGGCACAUCGCCGCCCGCCCACUGCGGCCUCUUCGGCGAUCCGCAUCUCAAGACCUUCAGCGGCGCCUACAUGACGUGUGGCGUGGGCGGGGCGUGGCCUCUGCUGGACACACCCGCCCUCGCCAUACAGGUCACCAACGAGCAGGUCGGGCCGGACAACCACGCCACUGCCACCACCAAGGUGACGGUGCUGGUGAAAGAACAUGGCGCCUGUGGGGGUGAGCGGACCUACGAAGCAUCAGCAGAGGCGCUUCCCAGGGCUUUUGUAGACGGCACCACCUGGACGGGCGGCACGGUGCUGAACCCCCACACACAGGUGCGGGAGCGGGUGCCCGGUGAACACGUCCUCAUCACAGUCUCGCACAUCAACGCCACUGUAGCUGUCAGGAAAAUCGAGAAGUACUUGACGGUCCUCGUGUCGUUGCCGGAGAGCGAGAUUGGUGAGGGCGGAGAGCUGCAGCUGUGUGUGGGGGGCUGCCCGGACAGUGAGAGGCUUCCCAGGUCACCGCCCCGCCCUGUGGUCUCCCCCGCCAUGGCCAAGUCACAGGCGGUGAAGUUGUGCAAGGAGUAUAAUGUGACUGACUACUAUCUGGACUCGUGCAUCUUCGACUUAAUGUCCACGGGGGACAAGAGCUUCAGGGUGGCGGCUUUGGCAGCACAGCGUGACUUGUGGGAGCAUGACCCCAUCGGGGCACAGCGGCUCCUCCUCAACUGUUCGGAACCACCCUGCGUAUGGGAUGUGUCUGCUGCCACAAUCUCCACCUCUCCUAGCAUUGUGCUGCUUCUCGUGGCCCUCCUUCUGCUGAGUAGCACCCGGUGGGCUGGACGGUAGCCUGGGAGGGAGUGGGCUGCGACCGGCGGCAGUGUGGUACACCAGCUGGGACGGUGUCGCUUCAGGGAAAGAUCCGAGUCUUGUUGUGGGGAAGGAAUGACUUCAUUGGUAUUAUGGUCAUGGUUCUUAAAUACAUCUUAGUUCCCUCGAGUGAUGAGACUCUUGAGGAGAAGGUGAAGGGGGCGAGGGUCAGCACGAAUCCUGGAGAAGACCCUGGCCGUUGGAGGGACGCCGGUAAAGCGCGGCAGGCAUCAGAUUAGGAUGAUCGUAUGUGAGACAGAUGUAACGAGAGAGGCGCACAGAGACGGUGCCUCUUACGAGAAGCGCUGUGGCAGUGAAGGCAGAUCGAGGCGGGGCGGGGCUGGGACGGUGGCAGCACGAUUGGGAACACACUCGAGGUGUGUUGACCAUAGUGGUCAGGAGUCGUGCUGCACAGCGCGGUGGUGUGUAUAUAUUGUACAUAGUUUGGGACAGGUGGUGAACCUCUUCCUUUUCCUAGAACAGGCACGGUGGUGGUGGUGGUGUGUGUGUGUGUGUGUGUGUGUGUGUGUGUGUGUGUGUGUGUGUGUGUGUGUGUGUGUGUGUGUGUGUGCUCGCGCAUGUGAGAGCGAAGGCUGUAUGAAUGUGCUCAAAAGUUACAUUAAACUAAAGUCUUAAUGAUUAGAAAAUCGUGAUUUAUAUUGGAGUUGUUUGUACAGAGUGAGAGGUUUUGUAAGUACACGUGCGAGUAGGAACUGUACUGUACUGUACUGUACGCGUAUAUCCUUUUCAUGCACUCAAGAUUCAUUCAAAGACAUUUUUAGGUAAUAUAACAGAUCUCAAAUCUUCAUGUUAGCCCGUAAAGUACUACAUGUUGCUGCAUCCGUCAUAAAGGGAUCAAGUAACCUGCGUGUUAGGGUCGAGGGUCCCCAACCCUCGGCCACGUAGCGGCCGAGUCGUGCCGGCCAACACCUCGAGGACCUGAGCUUACGUAGGUGCGUAGUUCCCGCCGUCCGCGUGACCUAGCGGGUAUUGUCAUUGUUGUUCUAUGUUCUCUAGUUCGCUUUCUUCGGUGUCCUGAGUGAAAACCAGGGAGUGAUGAGGCGGGGGGAGAGGGCGCGGAAGGGAGAUUAAAAAAAAGUCUAGCAAUCUGGGUAAGUCUGUAUUGUGCCAACUCGGACGAUUAUUGUGACUUUUCUCGAUAAAACACUUCAAAAAGACAUUUCUGUGACAAUAAAUAUAGUUUACAUUACCUUAUGUGAGAUGCUGGACAAAGUGUGAGCUAUGAAUGGACGUCGUAUCGUAGGCUCUGUGUUGACAACUGAUACUGAUGGGCGUUAUGUUUCUGGUAAAGGGCUUGCCUUCACCAGCUCCUCGCCACACGUGUAACUUGGAUUAAAAUUUGUGCCAGUGUCGAAUUGCCGGGGCGAGGCUGCCGGAUGACAGUACUCAGGAAGCUGGCGUGGAGUGCUUGUGUCAUCCUUGGAAAGAGCACACUCCUGAAAGCUAAAAGCAUAUUUUCAUUAUUGAAGUAGCAAAUGGAAGUUAGUGUGUGUGUGUGUGUGUGUGUGUGUGUGUGUGUUGUUUGCUUGGCGAGCUAGUCGCUAAUUAACGGUGAAUGACAAGGUUUAGGUACCGCCACUGGCCAGCGUGUGCACGGGAAAUGUUAGUGAGACGUGUGCAGUGUAAAUAUUGAGGUAAUCCUCCGUGCGACACAAUGUGGCGGGGAAAUUGGAUGUGUGUGCGUAACGAAGCACGCGUUGCGGCAGCCCUGCGUCCUUGCAUCAUAGGUAUUUCCAUCGAAGUCUAAUAUAGGUUAUCGUAAUCAAUAUACAAUACAUUAUCAAUAUUACUCGUCCGUGGUGUCAUAUUCUCUCAUAAAAUGUGGCUAGACACUUUUUAGAUAUGUGUAAAUAGUGUGUGUGUGUGUGUGUGUGUGUGUGUGUGUGUGUGUGUGUGUGUGUGUGUGUGUGUGUGUGUCUAUAUUUUGUGUAUGCGUUGGGCUGCGGCGCCACCCUUGGAGCCACAGCAGCCUGACCACCGCCGCCGGGAGGGUCAGGCGGGCCAAGUAUUCUAGUCAGCGUGUGAUGGAGGCGAGGCCCCGCGGCGGCAGCGGCCCCGUCAACACCCGCGUCCCAGGCACUGCCCCGCCCGCCGCCCCUGUUCCCGCCCACUUCGCCGGGACGAGUGUGAAGGAUUGUAUUCGUGCCGUGUUGUUACGUAGCGCCGUGUGAAGGAGCGGCUGGGCGGGAGGGAUAGAGGGAGGGAGGGAGAGGGAAGGACGGACAAUUCGUGUUUCAUUCAUUCAUGCUCUUCAUUCACCUCCGAUGACGGUAGAUCUCAGUUUUAUUAUUAUUAUUAUUAUUAUUAUUAUUAUUAUUGUUAUUAUUAUUACUGUCAUCAUUAUUAUAUGUAGUACUUGUAUGAAUGAGACCUGUCACGAGGACACCAGUGUGCAGGUGUGUUCCUCGCCAGAUACCUGGUUUAUCCCUACGUAAGUCUCAGACACACGCACGUACUAGUGAUAUAGUCAUACUUGUGUACAGAUCGAUGGAAGACCCGAAUCUUUGGAGAUAAUAAUGAUAAUAAUAAGAAAAAUAAUAAUAAUAAUGAUAAUGAUAAUAAUAAGGAUAACAAUAAUAAUAAAGAAAUUUUCCAUG